AGGCCCGGCCCACCAAAUGCUGCGAAUUAGGGUUACAACCAUUGCUUGAUAGCUUGAAGGUUCGAAGCUCGGAGAUGCCGCAUGGUUCUGUCGCCGGCAUUCCUGUCGUCUUCCGCCAUCGGCCUCUCGAUGCGACGCACCAUCUCUUCUUCGCCAAAAGAUUCAAAUUUUAUCGAGCACUAUACUUAGCGAUGGGGAGCGAGGGGCCUUCGCGGCGGCCCUUCUGUCUGAAGUGCUUCAAGGCGGCUAGUACCUGUAUUUGCUCUCGAUUACCGUCGACGCCUCUCGACAACUCGAUCUCCGUCACGAUCCUCCUUCAUAGCUUGGAGAAGAAGCACCCGCUAAAUUCAACGCGGAUCGCUAAGUUGGGCCUGAAGAACCUGGAGAUUGUCCCGGUCACCGAUGUGAAUUUUCACGCUCAGCUAGUUCUUCGUCCUCUCGAGCCUUCCAUGGUUGCCCAGAUGAAACCAGAAGGAAGUUUGAAUUUUUCAGAUGCCAAGUGCUGCAAUGGUUGCCGUUCUGCACAUUCAUUCAAUCCUCAGAAUCCACUGGAAAGGCAGGUCUCAGAUCCUUCAUUUACUUAUCAUAAACAGACUCCAAUUUCUUCGAUGCUGCAACGCGAUUUUGAUGUAAGUUCAGCUGAUUCGAUCACAAUGGCAUGUGAUAAAUGCAUAGUAACAUGCUCUAGUAGAGAUAUAAAGAUGUUUGUUGAGCGCUCUUGCAAACCUAGAAUCAACUGGGUCUUAGAGACUCCCAUUGGCAGAGCUGCAAUUGAUAGUGGUUUUACUGUUAAAAAGUUGCAGAGGAAGGAAUUGCAGCCAAGCAAGAAACUAGAAGACUUUGACGAAUUCGAUAUUGCGAUCCCUCCUGGAGCUGCACUCCUUUUUCCUAGUGAUAAGGCUAUCAGUUUAAAGGAAGUGGAUUUCGAAGUGAAGCAUUUGGUCGUUUUAGACGGCACUUGGGCAAAGGCAAAGAGGAUUUACCAUGAGAAUCCAUGGCUGCAACUUUUGCCUCAUCUGAAGUUGGAUUCAGGGAGGGAGAGCUUGUAUGCUGAAGUGAGACACGAGCCUAAGGCAGGUUGUUUUUCCACCAUUGAAAGCAUUGUUUGUGCCAUGAAAGAAUUAGGAGGUGCCAUGGAAGGUUUGGACAAGCUUUUGGAUGUGUUUAGAUCAAUGGUUGAUGAUCAAAGGGUCUGCUGUAAAGAUAAGAUCAAGGAUAGUGUUUUAGAAACUGUAUCAGAACCAUAGACUUCCUGUUGAUUCCCGGUUUCCGGUUUUCGUGGUUGAAGCAAUCCAAAAUCUGAUUCAACUUGGUGCCAUGGGGGUGUUGACAAGCUUUUGUAUGUGUUUAGGUCAGUGAUUGAUGAUGAAAGGGACUGUGAAGACAAGUUCAGAACCAAAGCAGUUCGACAUCUCAACUAGGUGCCCUUUGAUCUCUGAUACCGGUUGAUAGAGUUAAAAACAUUAUACAAGAAUGUCUAGGCUGAACUUUUGUUUAUAUUUGAGAUGAUGAACACAAUUUUGAAUUGUUAUCAUUUUUCCAUAAGACCUCAGGAGAUGCUCGAUUCCUGGAUCACAACACAUCAAACUGAGGACAAAUAGAACUUGGAAAGAUCCCCAGUUUGAUGUUUUUCUUGUUAAGUUAUUUAAAUGGUUUUUUGCUUUUUUUGAAGAACUGAUAAGUGUACCAUUUGAGAGAUUUCUUCUUGACAGAAAAAGAAUGAUGCAGGAUGAUUUUGUUCUUUCCAA